AUGUCGAGCAGGCAGGUUGUUCCAGACGGCGGCGCAGAGACCCCGGUACCGGUCACCGACAACGCACCCCUUGCGGCCGACAAGUCUGCACCCGAGUAUGAAACCGUUGCUCAGCACAACGCACAGCGUCUCCUGGAGCCUAGUGCGACAGAUCCAGAUGCUACGUCUCGUGCUAUCAAGGCUGCCGCUGUCCCAGUGCCUUCAGUCAUCGACGAGAAGACCUCGGGUCAAAUCGCCAUUGCCGACUAUGCGGUCACCCACGACGCCUCCGCCACGGGUUUCAGAGACACUAGGAAGACGGGCAAGGAGAAGACAACGUACCCGCUGCCGACAGAUACGAGCUUUACUUUACCCACCGACACAUCGUUCUCUUUGCCUAGCGUCGCGAAGGAGACGUUGUCUGGGAAAGGGGGUAGCGCGGACACGAGUGACUCUUGCGUAAAGGAGGUCGCAAUCGGUGCUGGAGUAGCCGGCGCGGUCGGGGUUACAGCUGCUCUGGCUGCACCCAACUUCUCUGACAACCCCGAUCUCCCGCCAACAAUCGCGCGCCUUGAGCAGUUUGCGGACAAGCUUGACGGCACGGCAGCCCCAAAGACCGUCCCGGUCAAGGAGAGUUCCGGAGAGGGAGCCGAGCUGGAGAGGUCGCUACCCCACGAGCAAGGCAAGGCGAUAGAGACUUCGCAAGUUGUGGUGGACAAAUCUGUCCCGCUCUCAGAGUCUUUCCACAUUGUGGAUAAGGAUACGCCGGCCCAAGAAGAAGCGGCGGAGAGUGAGAAAAAGAAGGAAGCUUCUUCUGAGGAUGGUGAGGAAUCUGCCGCGCGGAGUGUCGUUGUUGGUGUCGGGGAAGAGAAGACUGACGAAGGCUAUCUGGUUGCCCCAAGGCCAAAAACCGAUGGAACAGGACCCGCUCAACAAGACAUCAGUGUGGACUUCCGCGUACCCACACCUGCUCUCAUUCUUCCUGACCUCGACGAUCCUGUGGCUCGGCAACUGAGCCGGAUGCGCAGCUUGCGCCGACAACGGAGGAACACCAUCAAACAGGCCGAGGAGAUGGUGGCAGCCGCCGUAGUUAUCUACGCCACGGCCGAGGUUCUUAGUCCGCCAGGGAGUCCGAGACUCGCCAGUUCAGGCACCGAUGUCCUUGGUUCGCCCGAAAUGCAUUCUGCUGUGAAGGGGAAGGGGAAGGAGGUUGAGGUGCCCAUCAUGUCUCUCCAGGAUUCCGCGAUACCCGCCGAGGAUGAGCAGGAUAGGGGCAGAGCCAGGUCGAGAGACCUUUCUGAUCCUGUUGCUGACCUCUCAGUAGACGACAAAGAAAAAACUAGAGAACCCCUGAAGGCCGAGGAUUCCAAGGUUGCUCACAGCGCCAGACGCCAUAGUCACCACUCUUCACGCCACCGACCCCACCGCGACAGCCGGGAUGGAAGCAAGGACGUAUCCAAACGUUCCCACCGCUCCCGGUCAGAUAGCCACACGUCGGUUCGUUCGCGGGGCGAGGAUGAGCCUCCGCGUACGCCAACCCGUGAGGACCCCGGCUUCGGAGAGCAUAAGAGCAGCCCCCACUCCCGGAGACACCGGACCCCGGAGGAACAAGCAGCUCACGACAAGCGCAAGGAGGAGCGACGCCGUGCGCGGGAACUAGAAAAGGUCGGGGACGGCACACCCGAUUCACCGGCCAGGACAGAUAAGGACAGAGACCGUUGUUCCACCCUCGCCGGGCACAGCAAGAAGUUCUUCGACAUGAAGAAUGGCCAGAGCGUGCUCGAGUCCAACUUUGGCGGGCCUCGUGACACCUCAGCCUCGGCCGGUGCCCUGCCGCCGACAUCAUCAUCCUCCAGGACGGCCGUCAUCCCCGAACUCAGACGCUCUAGCACGACGCGUGGCAGCACGACCAAGUUGCGCAGAUCCGAGGAGCGCUCCUUGCGCAAGGCGGCCCGCGAUGACGAGGAGGCCGUGCCCAAGUCAAGCCGGGAACAUAAAGAUAGGGACAGGGAAACCGAGAGAGCGAGACCGACGACGGCGGAGCAGAAGGUCAAGGCGCCGGCUGCGUCGGCUGGUGUGGGUGGCGGUGGUGGUGAUGAUGCGGCCGGAUUGUCUUCUUCGGCAAGCGGAGGGGAUCCGGACUCGCAGGCACAUCGGGCCAAGAGACAAGAGAAGAGGGAGCGGGAACGAGAGAGGGAGGGGAAGGAGAAGGGUGGGAUUAGGGCUGCUUUCAAGCGGUUCUUUACGAGUAGUACGUGAGAGGGAUCGAGACUUGGGGUGGGCAAGAGCAGUUGAUACGGGUUGGUUGAGGGUGACGAAGAUACGACUUUUUCUUAGUUAUUUUGGGUGGUUCUUGACUGGUGAUGAUUGACGGUGGUGAUGAUGAUAACGAUGAUUUGUGUGAGCGAAGGGCAGGAUUGGGGUGGGUGGUAGGGAUGCCUUGAUGAUUUGAUGAUUGUUUGCUUGGUAUGAGAAAGGGAUGAGUUUCCAGUAACUCCCUGCAUGUGAUGUAUUUUGAUGACGGACACAACGAAUAUCAAUCCCCCCUCUACAGGAACUCGAUUAAUGCUGG